UAUUUCCCACAGGUCGGUGCAGUACGUGAACGCAGCGCCGAGGGUCCGCAGCCUCCGUGUCCUCCAAUAUGGCGGCCCCCCUGCCAGGCAGAUGUGGAUUCUUCGUGGAGAAAAAGAAGCGUUUCUGUAAAAUGGUCGUCGGGAGAGGGAAGAUGUUCUGUGGGGAACAUGCCACCAUGGAGGAGGGAAGCGGCAGCAGCAGCAGCAGCAGGAGGAGGAUCAUCUGUCCUCUGGACCCAAAACACACCGUGAGUGAAGACAAACUUGACAAACACCUGAAGAAAUGUAACUCCAGAGAGAGAGACAAACCUGUUUACUAUGCUGAGAACAUAAACGCUGGACCGGCUGAUGGAGACGAGACUCUGCAGCAGGCCAGUCUGUGUGAGCGCAGCAGGACGGAGUUAGAGUCUCUGGUGGACAAACUGAAGACAGCGGUCGGAGGACUGCAGACUGACGUGGAGGACAGUGUUCUGUCACACCCCGUCCUUCUGGAGGAACUCAGCAACCCAAAGAACGGAGAGUCCGCUCACAAGCACCUGAAACAGCAGUCCUCUAUCUUAGGUCAUCUGGAGGAGCUGGGACUGCUGGGAGGGGGGCGGUGCUUUGUGGAGUUCGGAGCAGGUCGAGGGAAACUCUCUCACUGGAUCCACGAGGCCCUGAAGACCUGCAAAGACCUGCAGCUGCUGCUGGUGGAGCGCUGCAGCACCCGUUUCAAGGUGGAUGGGAAACAUCAGGAAGCUGGAGUUCAGUUUGAGAGGCUGCAGGUCGACAUUCAACAUCUGGAUUUAAGUAAAGUCCCUCUGCUGAGACAGAAGAAGCUCCCGUUGGUCGGAGUAGGGAAGCACCUGUGUGGAGCAGCCACAGAUCUGGCUCUGCGCUGUUUGUUGGAGACACCGGGACUCAGAGAGGAGACUGAACCACCAACAAAACGCCUCAAAAUCUCAGAACCGGCUGCUGACCGUGAACCUGAUCCAGACUCUGGCUCUGUCCCUGGUGAUCCAGGACCAGCCUCUGAUCCCGGUCCUAGCUCUGGCCCUGUCCUCGGCCUGGCGGUGGCGCUGUGCUGUCACCAUCGCUGUGAGUGGCGUCACUACGUGGGUCAGCAGUUCUUCCUGCAACAAGGACUCGGAGCUGCGGAGUUCUCCGCUUUCUGUCGAAUGUCCAGCUGGGCAACAUGUGGACUCAGGGCGACCAAUCAGGACUGUCCACCUCUGGAUCCGACCAAUCAGAGAAGAGACGAGGAAGAGCAUGAAGCAACAGAGGGAACAGAUGCCGUGAACGGGUUUCUGUCGGCAGGUGAACGAGAGCAGAUCGGUCGUCUCUGUAAACUUCUCAUCGACAGCGGCAGACUUCACUUCCUGGGUUCGAAGGGAUUCAGGAGCAAACUGACUCGAUAUGUCGGCACUCAGGUCACUCUGGAGAACAUGUUACUGACCGCUGUGCCCUCCUGAAGGUCAGACUCACAGACCCUCAUCUGACUAUAGCUGAAACGAUUAGUCAGUUAAUCAAUGAUGGUUAUUCCCUUUUUCCUCACUGAGCCUGAUUUUCAGGUUUGUUCUGUUUUCUGUCACAGUAACUGAAGAUCUUUGGGUCUUGGACAAUACAAGACAUUUGAAGACGUCACCGUGAAACUGAGAUUUUUUCUGUUUUCUGACCAAGCGAUGAUUCCAUUACCUGAGAAAAUGAAAAUGAUGAUUAGCUGCAGCUCCAUCUCGACACUGACAGAUUAUAGAGAAAUAGGACAAAUGGCUCGUGUUUGUAAAAAGUCUUUAUUGUUUGAUUGAUGAAGUGAAAACAUCAGACUGAAUGUGUUAAAUGUUUUGUAAAGUUUGCAUUAAAGCAUUCUUCGUUUCUUA